GCUAGUUAUCUGGCCAGGCAUCGAUUAUCGACUAUCGCACUUUUACAUAUGUAUAUGAUGUUGCGCUGCAGCUUCCUCGUCGCCGCCGCCUUCGCCGUCGUCUGCCUGAUUGGCGCUCGAUCCGCUUGGGCAGCCUAUGCGGAUGACUGUGAGACCCCGAACGGCGUGCGGGGCCAGUGCAUGCCAUAUUCCUCCUGCGCGGACAUUGAGCAGCGUCUCCUGGCCGCCCAACAGAACGGCGAGCGCUUGCCGCCGGAGUAUGCCAGCUAUUUGCAGCGGGCAUCCUGCGGCGAAUUCGACGGAAUGCGACACUUUUGCUGCCCCGCGCCACAGAUACAGCACAACUCCAAGGUCAUGGAGUUGUUUAAGAGCUCCAACUUCAGCUGCGGCUCCAUUCUCAAUCAGCGCGUGGCCAAUGGCUACGAGGUGCAGCUGUCCUCCCGGCCCUGGAUGGCCUUGCUCCGAUAUCAAAGCCUGGGUCAAUCUCGUUUUCUGUGCAGCGGCACACUCAUCUCGAACCGCUAUAUUUUGACCGCCGCCCAUUGCGUGUAUGGACUGGAGGAACAGCUCUAUGAGAUUCGUUUGGGCGAGCAUCGCAUCUCCACGGAGCGGGACUGCCGACGGCAGGGACGCAAGGAGAAGUGCGCGCCCCCCGUCAAGGAUCUGGGCAUUGAGAAGUUCAUCCUGCACGAAAAAUACGAUGCCAAGCAAGUUACGAACGACAUUGCCUUGCUGCGCCUGAACGAGACCGUGACCUUUGAGAAGCACAUUAAGCCCAUCUGCCUGCCCAUAAGCAAUGAGCUGAAGCAGCAGGCUGAGUCGCUGCCCAACUACUUUGUCACCGGCUGGGGCACCACCGAGAACGGUUCCACCUCGGAUGUAUUGCUCCAGGCCAAAGUGCCUAUUCAGAGCCGUUCGGCUUGCUCCCAGACCUAUCGCCGCGAGGUGCCCUCCAGUCAGCUCUGUGUGGGCGGCGGCGAUUUGCAGGACUCCUGCAAGGGCGACUCGGGUGGCCCGCUGCAGGCGCCCGCCCUCUACCUGGACGAGUACAAGCUGCGCAUGGUGGAGUUCGGCAUUGUUAGCUUGGGCGUGACUUCCUGCGGCCAGAUCAGCCUGCCGGGUCUCUACACUAAUGUGGCACACUAUGUGCAAUGGAUAACAGACAGCAUGGCCAGAAAUGGCCUAUAAAUCUGGCCGAGAGUCGAUCCGGCUGCACAGUUACACGUACAUAUGAGUUUUAUAAAUAAAAUGUAGAUUUCUUACCACAGCUUUAUA